AUGCCAGGAUCCUUCUUCCUUGACUCGCCUGUUCCUCCCAAGCUUGACCUCGCAGAUGCACGAGGACAGCUCUUCCAAUCGCCUAAGACUCCCUCGCCUUCAUCGUCGCUCUCUCACUCUCUUUUAAGUGGCUGUCGUAAACGCUCUCGUUGCGACGAUUCAUCGCUAUUCGACUCGCAGUCCGAACUAGCCAGCCCCCCGUUGCUGGCGAACACCGACUAUCGACUGGCUUUCGGUAGCGACAUCCGUCCAGCCCGCUUCGAAAGGCAGGGGACACUCGCAGAACUCGACUACCGUCCCAGCCGCUAUCGCGAUCACACCAUGACCUCCCCGAUUGACACAAGCGUCGAUUCGCUCUCCUCGACGGAGGCGGUGAUUCCCAGUAAGAGUCUCAAGCGCAACCAUGGGGACUCGCCGUCUUCCAUUCCUCGCAGUGCAAAUGGGGGAGACAAAGCACAGGUAUCAGCGGCCAGCUUGGGUCGGGCUGUCAUGAAUAUGGUGGGCAGGAUGUGGAAUUUCUGCUGCUCCGGCCCCUUUCGAGGCUUCCAUGCUGGUGGAGGUCGGGGUUAUGAUUUGACAAACAUCAUCCCACCAGACCGCAUCGAUGAGAACGCAUUGGGUCAUUCACCAACUACGAGGAACGGGGGUGUCUAUACGGCAGACAUAGCCAACCAGCAUGGGAAGACGUAUACUCCCGGCAAUUACCCAGAAGAUGAGAUCCAAAAGAAUUGGGUCGUUAUCCCGAGUCACAGAGAGCGAGGUUCGUUCAACGACCUCAGCCCAGCCACGGCUAUGACGGCACGAACCUACCAUAGUAGUCCAGGUUCACUAUACCGACAACGGCGACCUGGGAUGUCGCGCAUGGGGAAGAGGACGGUUGUGUCUUCUGGCCCACCCGCUACGCCAAACAAGGGUCAGGCUCCACUAUCUACCGCAAAGAGUUCUCUGGCAAUCGAAGCUCAACGACAUGUCGCCAAGGUACGACGCAUAGAGAGGGAAAACGACGCCAGUAUACGGCGUCUUAAUAGGCAACUUCGUGAUAUGAUCAGGCAGGGGAAAGAAGCCCUCGGGACUCGGGUUGAAAUAGAGGAAAUGGAGGACUGCGAUUGA